UCCCUCCUUCUCCAAUGUAACAAAACAACAAAUUCUCCAUCAAAUUCAGACUCCCUCUUCUCUUCUCUGUUCUUCAAUGGAUCAUUCCCCAAUUCCCUCCUUCCUUCUGCUCUUUUCCUUUGCCCAUCUUUUCCUCGUCUUCGGGAAUCCAUUUGAUUCCUGCACCAAUCGCUUCAACUGCGGCAAUAUCACCGACGUCGGCUUCCCGUUCUGGGGCGACCAAAGGCCCGCAGACUGCGGCCAUCCGGCGCUGAAAUUGACCUGCGAAGGAGGAAAUACGACGAUCGUAAUAAAGGAGAUCAAAUACCAGAUUCUAAAAUUCAGCAGCGUAAACGAUUCCCUAAGACUCACCAUCGCCAGAGACGAUUACAUGGACGAUCUCUGCCCUAGCAAAUUCAUCAACACCACAAUCGAUUACAAUCUCUUCGAUACGAUUCCUAAUUAUCGAAACAUUACCUUGCUCUAUUGCUCCACCUCUCCAGUUGCCGGACAAUUUACCUGUCCUGAUUAUGAAUUCGGCCUCAUUCAGUUGAAUCCCGUCGCUUCUAGUCUCUGUAAUGUGAGCGUAAUCGUGCCGGUUUCCUUGGAUUCUUUCCCGCAGGUGAGCGAUUUGGUGAACUCUUCUGAGAUAUUGAAGGCCAUUAAAGAGGGAUUUGAGGUGAGAUUGAAGAAGGAUAGCGGCGGAUGUGGAAUUUGUGAAGAGUCCAACGGCGUUUGCGGUUACGAUUGGAGUUUGAAUCAGACGACUUGCUAUUGUCGCCACGGUGCUUAUAAUGAUAACGGAGCUUGUCAGAGUACGCCGGCCGGAGGAAGUCCGUCGUCUUCUCCAGGUGGGAGUGAUGACUCUAACAACACAUCCCUGAUUAUAGGCCUUUCUGUUGGUGGGGCAGCUGUAUUAGGCUUGUGCUUGGGAUGCUGUGUCUUCUGCAUUAAACAACGAAAGAAAACACAUGUCCUGAAGAAGUUGAAAACCCAAGAUCUUCCUUCGCCUCCUUCAAGCGCAGGCACUCUGGCUCCCUCCACGUUUCGUUCUAAUAGUACUCUGUCUUAUCCUUAUGCUAGAUCUGAUCAUGGGAAUGGGAGCUCCUACUUUGGAGCUCAGCUCUUCACCUAUGCCGAACUUGAGGAAGCUACUCAUAAUUUUGACCCUUCUAGGGAGCUUGGAGAUGGAGGCUAUGGCACUGUUUACUCGGGAACCCUCAAGGAUGGACGGAUCGUUGCAGUGAAGUGCUUAUACGAAAACAAUAGUAAACGAGUCGAGCAGUUCAUGAAUGAAAUCGAGAUUCUAUCACAAUUGCAACACCAGAACCUCGUAAAGCUUUACGGAUGCACAUCAAGACAUAGUCAGGAACUUAUCCUAGUAUAUGAAUACAUUCCCAAUGGAACAGUGGCAGACCAUCUACAUGGAAAACGAGCAAAUUCAGGUCUGCUCAGUUGGUCAGUUCGGCUGAAGAUUGCUAUAGAGACUGCCAAUGCACUAGCUUACCUCCACCGCAAAGACAUCAUUCAUCGCGACGUCAAAACCAACAACAUUCUCCUAGACAACAACUUCAAAGUAAAAGUGGCGGAUUUCGGCCUCUCACGGUUAUUCCCCCUUCAUGUCACUCAUGUUUCAACUGCUCCACAAGGAACACCCGGCUACGUUGAUCCUGAGUAUUACCAAUGCUACCAAGUUACCGACAAGAGCGACGUGUAUAGCUUCGGAGUCGUUUUGAUCGAGCUUAUAUCGUCGUUGCAAGCAGUCGACACCGACAGGAAUAGAAAUGACAUCAAUUUGGCGAACAUGGGCAUAGAUAGAAUCAAAAAACAUGCUUUACAUGACUUGGUAGAUCCAGAGCUUGGGUUUGAGAGGGAUUAUGCAGUAAGGUGUAUGAUAACAUCAGUGGCAGAGUUGGCGGUGCAAUGUCUUCAACAAUCACGGGAUAUGCGGCCUUCCAUGGACGAAGUAGUGGAAGUUCUAAGAGAAAUAGAGCAUGAAGAACUGGCUGCUCGCAAGGCAGAGGUGUUGGAUAUAGGGUCUGAUAAUGUGCGGCUUUUAAGGAAUGCAUCAUCUCUGCUUUCGCCAGAUUCUGGAGCAGUAACAGAUAAAUGGAUGAAGGGUUUGAACAGAACAGCUUAAUAUCACCAGAAAACAGCCAUUUUUGGCUUACUUUUUGUAACUAUUCAAGAGAAAGAAGCUGAAGGACAGAUUGCAGAUGCUGAAAAAGGGUGUUUCUGAUGGAAAUUAGCUCCUUUUCGUAUACCUGUAAAUGAUUUGAUAGUUUUCUUGCACAUAGAUUCAGAUCUUCCCAUCAGUCAUGAUAGAAAAUAACAGAGAAUCGUCCAUAUAGUUCAUUAGUGUACUGAGCUUUUUCUCUGUAAAUUUUGGUGUUAAUAAAAGAUAUACUUUCUUAUA